AGUGUGUCACAUGACAGAUAAAGAAGGAUGGCAAGCAAUUUUCAAUGUUUCUGUGAUCAGUCAAAAAAUAUUGUCUCUACUCCAUCUACAGACUACGACAGGAGGUCAAGUAUGUAAACAUAUCCAACUCGAUAAAAAAGUGCAUAGGCUACGUGAAGAGGGAACGUAUCAUUUUACGGACGCUAACAACUUGCAGGAAAACACAGGAGUUAACAAUACUUGGGAGACGACUCCCAACUCAAGCACGGGAUAUCCUGCAAAUAGUUGAUCUACGAAAAGGGAAAGAGUUACGUUUUCAAGGACAUUCACGCACAAAAUAAUGUCUGAUUCAGAUAAAAAGGAUAUAACUCAAGAAGAGGCGCCCGAAAAUGCAAAAGGGAUAACAAACGGUAGAAAUGCAUCUGAAACUCUGAACGGAAAGACCAAGGAUGAUUUCGACCUUGCAGCGGUAUAUGUGUCAGACGCCCAGUAUAAUAGGAACAUCUUUUUUGACACAACACCUGAAGCUAUAAGAUUGUACUUGCUAUAUAAUCAUUGGGUGUUACGCAUCGUGGUGUAUGCCUUCAUCAUAGCGGACCUGGCGUUGGCCAUCUUUGAAGACCCAGCAGUUAUUCCUCUGCCAAUAUGGGCGACCACAUUGAUCGAGCUUGUUUGUCUGGCGGUCUUCACUGUUCGGCUUGUGCACUACGCCAAAGUCAUCCCCCGGGAAAGGUUUUGGAAAGACCCCAAAAACAUCUGCAUCAUUGUCAUCAUUUUGCUCUCACUUGUUGACAUGCUCAUAUAUGGAUCAUUGAAAGCCACGGGUUACUUUGCUGUACGCUGGUCGCGGGUACUGAGGCCCCUCCUCCUUGUCAAUGUCACUGAGGGACGACAGCUCCGUAGAGCAUUCCGAAGCAUCCGGAAUGCAUUGCCACAGAUCCUCUAUGUCUUCCUUCUCUUCAUGUUCAGCGUGCUCAUGUUCUCACUCAUGGCCCUCAAACUGUUUGGGAAAAAGGGCCUUACAACAAACGAUGGGGGCGCCUAUUUCAACGACUAUCUGGAGAUUGUCUUUGAUCUCUAUGUCUUAGUAACAACUGCCAACAGUCCUGAUGUCAUGAUGCCAGCUUAUAACUCCAGUGUUUUCUUUGCGGUGUUCUUUAUCAUCUACAUCCUCAUCAACACCUACAUCUUUAUGUCAGUGUUCUUGGCAGUCGUGUACAACAACUACAAAAAGUAUCUCAAGGAAGAAGUGCGGCAGCUCGUCAGAGCCAAGAGGCACAAAAUGGUAAGAGCCUUUGGGGUCCUGCAGGAGAGGAAAGGAGAAGAGGGGCCUGUGGUGACCCAGGCCAGUUGGAACCAGCUUGUGCGUUUGGUCCAGCCAGACAUCAGCAACGCCCACAGGGAGCUGCUGUGGAGCGUCUCUGACGACAGUAACAAAGGCUGCAUAGGUAAAGUGGCAUUUGUCCAGCUGGCAGACCUCCUGAACAUGCAGGUGAUUGUGGUAAAGUCUCGGCCACACCCCCUCCAAAUGUGGCUUCCCUCUCUCUACCUCUCCUCCCCCAGCCGCCUUAUAUGCCGCAUGGUCCGGCACCGGUUGUUUGUGUAUGCCUUUGACCUGAUCAUCCUGGUUAACGCAGUGUUUAUUGGCCUGGAUGAGGAAAAUCCACUGAUAGCCAACGCAGAGUGGGCUUUCCUGGCCCUCUACCUCCUUGAGAUUCUCCUCAAACUGUACACCUUCGAACCAAGGGCCUUCUUCUCCAAACAUGAGUUCUGGAACUGGUUUGACACCGUCAUUGUCAUCUCUGCCUUGAUAGCUACGAUCAUCAAUUCGGUGCUGAAAUCAUCUGGGGGCUAUACUAGCCGUCAGAUUCUGGACAUAGUAUUCAUCCUUCGUGUCCUGAGGCUUAUACGAGUGGUAGACAGCAUCAAAAGGUUUCGUGCCAUCAUUAACACCCUCAUCAAGAUUGGACCGACCAUACUCACAUUUGGCCAACUAAUUGUUGUGGUCUAUUACAUAUUUGCUAUGAUUGGAAUGGAGCUGUUCAAAGGAAAAAUCAGAUUUUUUGAUGCAGAGUCUACUGAUCCAGAGAAGGCAUUUUGUGGAAACCCCCUGCUGAAAAACUCAUUGUUUGCCAAACACAACUACUGCAAGAACAACUUCAACAAUGUGGUUUCUUCUUUCAUUCUACUACUGGAACUAACUGUGGUCAACCAGUGGCAUGUGCUGUCCAGCGGUUUUACUGCAGUCACUCAUGUCUCAGCCCGGAUCUUCUUUGUCCUCUUUCACAUUGUUGUUGUCAUCAUCAUCAUCAAUAUUUUCAUUGCUUUUGUGCUGGAAGCCUUCUUCGUGGAGUACACCGUGGAUAAAAGUAAUCUGCAAUCUUGUCUGGAAAAGAAAAUAGAGGAACUGGAGUUGGGUGUGAAACAAGAUCAUCUAGUUGGAAACUUAGUGGAUGCAAUGGAAACGGAUGACAAUGAUAUGGGCACCUCUGAAUCAACCAAGGCAAAACCGGCACUCAUGUUCAAGAUUGCCUCUAAAAGAUACAAAACUGUGGAUGGUUUGUUACAGAGGAUGUUUGAAGCAGACCUAGAUCCAGAAGACUUUGCAGAAGAUGAAGAUUUUGAUCCCAAUAACCCAUCGAAUGUAACCUUCCCAAAUCCAAACUUUGAUUCUGUAUAGUUGUGCUCUAUUAGGGAAUACACAAAUACAAAAUUAAGCUUUAGUUUUUUUGUACUGUAAUUCCUCAUGUUAUCAUACAUUGUCAUUAAAAAAGAAUAUAUUCUAUUAAAUAUUUCUGGAGGUUUAUGUAAUAUACAAUAUAAACGGGUCACAUACCUCAAUGAAGUGUUUAGUUAUUUUUAUAACUCAUAUACUGCUUCUUGUAAAUAGCUUGACAAUGAAUUAGAAAGGACAUUUGUUUUUUCUUUGAUAACCGUUUAAGUGAAGUGAUAUUUAAAACCUACAACCCUGUUUCCAAUAAAGUUGGGAUCCUGUAUAAAAUGUACAAA